AUGGAUCAAAGAACCUUAGAGAUCAAUGUAAUCUCUGCAAGAGAUCUCAAAGAUGUCAAUUAUAUCUCCAAAAUGGAUGUCUAUGCUGUUGUUUCAAUCUCUGGUAAUGACUCAAAACAACAGCCCAAGCAAAAAGCCAAAACCCCAAUAGAUAGAGCUGGUGGCAAAAACCCCACUUGGAACUUCCCUAAAAAAUUUACCAUCCCUGAAAUCCCACUUGCAGAAAACCGUCUAAAUCUUGUUUUCAAGCUUAAAUGUGAGCGUGCUUUAGGAGAUAAAGAUAUCGGUGAAGUCAACGUGCCAAUAAAGGAGCUUUUGGAUUCAGCUGGCGAUGGUAAAUCAAUGAAGUUUGUUAGUUAUCAGGUAAGGAAGCCAUCAGGGAAACCUAAAGGUGAGAUUAGCUUUUCUUACAAGUUUGGUGAGAUUGAGAAACUAGCGGUGUCUGAAGCAUCAUCAGCCGCAGCAAAGGUUACUAAUUUUAAUAGUCAACCUGUAACUGCAUAUCCUGCUGUGCCUGUUGUUGGGCCUAGUUCUGUUCCUUAUGGUGGACCUGGCUCAUAUCCACCACCUCCACCUGGGUAUGGAUAUCCACCUCCACCAUCAUAUGGCGGAUACCCGCCACCUCCGCCACCGGGUUAUGGAUAUCCACCACCACCACCCCCUGGAUAUGGAUAUCCACCUGUUCAAGGGGGAGGAGCUAUUGGUGGGCUUUUGAUUGGAGAUAUGGUGUCCGAUGGUGCAUCUUAUGAUGCUGGAUAUGAUGCAGGAUUUGACGAUGCUGGUGGAUUUUAA